AUGUCUCCAAUCACCAACUCCGCGACCUCUACAGCUGGCGCUAUGUUAGACCCCGACAUCAUAUCCUCUCACCACACAGAGAACCAGGGGUACGUUGGCGCCGUCAUCCCCUUCGUCGUUCUCAUGUUCAUCAUCGGCGCUCUGUGGCAUCGCAUGGGUUGGCGCGAGCAAACUAUUGGUUGGCUCGAUGCGAAGUUCGGGCAGCGCCUUCGGGAGAAGGCUCGCGCCAGAGAGGAUAUGAUCGAACGCAAGGAGCGUGAGCAGAAGCGACUAGAUGAACUCUUCAGGCUCUCAUCACGGCCUCAUGGCGCUGGAAUGGCCUAG